AUGCAAUUAUCAACCGGAAUAGCUGAAGUGAUUUUAUUGUUGGUUUCAUCAAAAUUGGUGACAGGAGGGAACUACGGAGGUGGAAACUAUGGAGGUGGGAGCUACGGUGAAGCAAACUAUGGAGGAGGACACUACGAAGACAAGCAAACCUGGACCUAUGAACUGAAAGCGGUAGAAACUCACUCGGACAAUCCAGAUUUAUUGAGUUUCAGUGAUUGGAAAGUUGAUCGAAUAAGUCGAGGUGUCUAUGCUGCAUCGGGAAGUUUUGUGUUAAAUUAUGACAUUGUCGAAGGCGAUGAUAAUGAGAUUGAAAUAAAUUCUUAUCGCAGUGAAAACGGUGUCAAAGAUUACAGGCCAAUACCAUUUUCCGUGCAGCGUCAACAUUUACAUAGCUAUCUCAACACGUUUUACAAGGACCUGGCCAUGGACACUCUUAAGGAUUGUUCGAAUAUGCCAGUAUUUGAAGAUCAGUUCGAGCCACCGUUGGAGAAGAAAACGUACACAAUGAACAAAUGCCAGUUCGACCAGAGUGGUUUUCCACAGCAUUUACAGGAUGGAUUUUAUAAAGUGAUUUUAAGUGGCUAUGGUUCGGUCAAUUGGUAUAUGUCGUUCGUAGUUGAAGUACAAAAUGUUAUGUAUUGAUGGGCUCAUAUAAGAUUUUAAAUAUAUA